AUGGCUGAGAUGCAUUGCAAGAAUGACUUGAUCCAUCCGAUUGACAGCGCUGCCUUUAGCAUCGCGAUGAGUGAUACGAAGGCGCGACUGUACAUCUCAUGGAAGAAAAAUGAGCUCGACUACUACAUAGCCAACGUCGAGAAUUUUCUCCUCCAUGACCCCGAGCAUUUCCUCAAGUUCCGCAAGUACGUCCGCAACAUCAUCGACUGGGGCAGGGACAGGCGGCUGGAGGGGAUUCGGAAGUCCCUGGACUACCUUCUGGAAGAGAGCCGGGAGAUAGCUUCAGCGGCAGCCAAGUCAAGCGUGCCACCGUCUGCCGAUCCUGCUAGCAGUGCCAUCACUAGCAGUAGGAGCAGUAGUAAGACGUGCAAAACGUCGUAG